CCCUACCUCCGCGACUCAAGAUUCACUCCGGCGUCCAGCUUCUCCUCAUCGCCUAAUUCGUCGCCGUCGCCAGGUCUUAAACCGAUCCCGUACUCGAUCUCGGGGAGAGAGGCGAAAGUGUAGCUGACACACUUACCCAUAUAGACUCUGAUUUUGAUUCUAUAGUUGCUUUGCUGAUAAAUGGCUUGGCUGAGGCUGUGGUCCUUAUAUACCUCCUGUGGCCGACGUUCAGCCAGCUUUCCAGGGAAAACCUUGUGCCAUCCUUGCUUCAAGUGAUCACGAACAAAGGUGAAAAGAUGGAUGAUUUUCAGCUGAUAAUGGAACCCAAGGAUGCAGCAAUAGCAAUUCUGGAGCAGAUUCUAUUAGGAGGAGAUGAGAAUAGUCGUUCGGUCAAUGCUUCAAGUGUUGUCACAGCAAAUGGGAUUCCUGCUCUAUUAAAUUGCCUGAAUCAAAUGGAUGGGAGACUUUCCAUCGUGUCUAUACUUUUAAGUUGCAUGCGUUCUGAUAGAAGAUGUAGAAAACUGAUAGCAAAUAGAACCGAGCUGCUCCCCGUGCUUGAGCUAUUUCAUGCUGGAGAUGAUAGCACAAGGAGCAUAUGCAUUGAUUUUAUCUCAGAGUUUGUUUAUUUGAACAGGAGAACAUUCUGCAAUCGAGUUUUGCAGAUGAUUAAAGAUGAAGGAGCAUUUAGUACAAUGCACAGUUUGCUCGUCUACCUUCAGAUGGCUCCAAUGGAGAAGCAGGUUGCAGUUGCUAGUCUUCUUCUUCAGCUUGAUCUUCUGGUUGAACCUCGAAAAAUGAGUAUUUAAAGAGGAGUACCUUUGGUUCUUUCAAAAGGUCGACUUUUUAGUAGCCUGGAUGGGACUAUCAAGGUGUGGGAUGCUGGAAGGAGGGGUUUGAGAUCAGUUCAGGAAAUCGAAGAGGAUGUAGCUUUUGCGGAUUCACCAGAUCCUCACAGGCCCGCAAAGGAUGUAGCUUUUGCUGUUGCUCGAUUUUUCCAAAGAGGAGGAAUUGUGCGUAAUGUUGUGCGAUGGAGCAUACAAAACCUUUUGUAAAUAAUUUAUGUAAAAGUUUAUAAAUAAUUUAUGUAUCUCUCUACUAUUUUGGUGAAUGUAUUAGUUGAAUAUAAUGGGAUUUGAUAUUGGAAUAUAAUUAAAUUGUGUUGGAUAUGAAUAUAA